CGCCUCAUGGCGGGGACGCGGCGCGGCCGCUCCUUCCUCAGAUCCCAAAUGGGGCUGGAAGGGACCGGGGCACCUGGAGCAGCUGGGCUUGGGAUGUCUCCAGACAGGGAGACUCCACCGCAUCCUGGGCAGCUGUGCAGUGCUCUGCCACCCGCACUAUAAAAAUGUUCUUCCUCACGUUGAGCUGGGACUUCUUGUGGUUCGGUUUAGGGCCAUUGCAGCACUGAAAGGAAUCUGGCACUCACGGUGGAGAUAUUUAUGUGCAUUGUUCAGCACUUCAGCAGACUGAGAGCAGCACAAGAGAUACACGAGAGAUAAGGAGAGAUAAGGGCCAUCAAGGGCCAUUGGCGAACCAUCAGCAAACAUCAGCGAACAUCUACUGCAGACCUGCCCCCCGGCACGGCUGGAGACACCUGGAAAAGGCUGAUAAGGAAAUGCUGCCGUGAAGACCUAAUUUACAUAAGAAACGAGGAAAUCCGUAUCCAACAGGAAAGCAAAUACUAAGAACUGCGCAACUGGGGACCAAUGAACAUUAAACGGAUGGAUUUCUAUGGGACUGUAUAAAGUUUGAAAAAAAUCUAGUCGUUUGAGAAAAAUCAUGGAGCGCGGUCCCCUGCGGCUGAAGGGCAGCGGGAACGCCCUGGGGGCCGGCAAGGGGAAGAAGAAGGCUGCGAAAGACAAGGCCCGGAUCCUGGAGCUGAUCGUGAGCAGCAAGAAGCAGGAAGAGGAGGAGAAAUGCGGGCUGGACAAGCGCACCCCGGCGCAGGUGGCCUUGGAGAAGAUGCAGGAGAAGCGACAAGUGGAGCGGGUCCUGAAGAAAGCGUUGAAAACCUACAAACAGCGAGUGGAGGAGUUCAACAGGCACUUGGAUGCUCUGCCUGAGUACCAUGACAUCCCCAAAGUCAGCUGGACUAAAUGACCGGCCUGCUUGUCACGGCUCUGGAGCUGUGUUUUGUUUGUGUCAAGCAGGGCUGCCGUGUACAUCUGUCUAUGCUCCAGAUUGUCGAAUAUAACUUCUGAGCUUUUAUGACUUUAUACUGUCUUAUUUUACAGUCUUUUUGUAAUAAAAACAAACAUCCAACA